AUGGCUGGGAGCGAGGCGGCGCCGCCGGAGGAGGCCGGAAGGGCGGGAGAGGAGGUGAGACCGGGGGCAGGGGCUGCGGCGGUGAAGUCGCCGCUGGAGAAGCCGCUGUCGGAGCUCACGGAGGAGGACAUCGCUCAGGUCACGCGCGAGGAUUGCCGCCGGUUCCUCAAGGAAAAAGGUGCUCUGGUCCUUUUCCUUUGGUUUUUCUUCUCGUUUCUCGUCCUCGCCUUUGGAGGUCGCGGUGGAGCUGAUCUCGAUAUCCACGUGGCCGGCGGCGGCGGCGGCUCCUGGUUUCUCUGUGCAAACGAAUGCAGGCAUGCGCCGCCCUUCGUGGAACAAGUCUCAGGCCGUCCAGCAGGUCAUAUCCCUCAAGGCGCUCCUGGAGCCCUACCACGAUGCCGACGACGACGCGCCUUCCGCCGGUGCCGUUCCCUCCAUCUCCACUUUCUUCGCGAAAAGGCCAUCCGACGCCCUGCUUCCGGCGGCCGCGGCGCAGGUGAGGAGGGGUAUCCUAUUCCAAACUUCCGUCGCCUUCUCUUCUACCUCGAGCUGGCAACACUUUGUGAAAUCGUUCCUUCUCGGCUUAGUUGGAGAAACACGGGUGGUUUAUUGUGUUUUUGUUUACUUCUCAGUUUCCCGUCUCUUCUCCAAUGAGGGGUGAACCUGCCGGCGGCGCGGCCCAGAUUGCCUGCGAACGUCCCCAAGGAAGGGACCCACCGGCGAACCUCUUCGCCUGCUCCGACGCCCUCUGUCGAUUCCCGGCAACGGGGAACGGUGCUCGCCUGCCAAGCAGCGCCACCCUCCCGCCCAGGUGCGUCCCUUCUCAGCAUAACCCCCUCUGUAUUCAACUCUUGCAUUUCCCCGGAUUGUUCCUCAGAUGUUAACGGACGCGCAUGGUGUUGUAGAGGGGUUGCUUCAGCUGAGGCGCUGGAGGGACAGCUGACGAUCUUCUACGAUGGCAAGAUUAACGUCUAUGAUGCCGUGACGCCGGAGAAGGUGAGGUCCGGUCGGAGUAAGUUGGUGGUGACCCCUUCCUGUGAAGAUCUAGGCUCUCAUGACAGUAUAUUUUACGUACUUGCAGGCGCGGGUGAUCGUACAAAUUGCGGGGAGCCCGAGCUGCUACGAUAUGCCGCCGAUGCCUUCGCCGUCUUUCUACCCAAAUCGACCGCCUAAAUGCCACGAUCUGGCUCUGCCAGCGAUAUCUCAAGCGACAGGUGGUGGUUACUUCAAUCCGCCACCGCCUCCGCCGCCUUUGCAGGCAGCGGCGUCUCAUUCUGCCCAGCCUGUUGGCUAUCCCCAGGUUCCCCAGAACUCUGGUGCGUUUUUUUUCUGUCAUGACUUUCCUAUGAGUUCGGAGCUCUAAUUACGAAGCUCCCCCGAUUCACAAUGGCACUCGCAUAUGCUUGGUCACGUUUACGAUAAUGCCCUACGGUAGCCCUCCUGCUCACUUGGAGGUCUAAUGCCCUGGCAGGAAGGUUCCCGCAGCAAUUUCGGGAAGGCAUGGAAGAGUGGAGAGUCCCGCGAGAAGUUGAACCUGGUGAGAGGCCUAGGACCUUUUUCCUACCGUACCAGUAGUUAUUCUCUUUUCUCCUUGCUUAACUGGCUUAUGCAACCGGAUCAAACAGGUAGAAUAUUCUGGGUGAAUGAGAUUACGUCUAUUUGUCAGUCCCUUACCGUGCUACUUUUAAGGUUGUCCUACUGUUUCAUUCAACUAGAGUGACCUCACUCUCCUGAAUUUCUUGACCUACCACUCUUUGCUGCUACAUGCUAUACAUACAGUUGCCUCAAAGGCUUUCUCAUUCCCACGGGGGAAGAGAGAACUUUGAUAGCAAAUUGUUAAUUUAUGUUCUUUUUAAUGACAUUUUGGACGUUGCGUGCAAGAUACCUUUUCUUUCCCUUUUAAGAGCUGUGUUGCUUGCUUCAAUUAACCCGGGAUUCAGGUUCUGUUCCUUGCUUAGUUAGCCUCUCAAUUUUUUUGUCCUCCCCAAUUGGCGAUGCUUAUGAACGAUUGUCCUAAACCUCUUUGGCAUCCAUGGCUGGGAUUUUGCGGUUGAGAUUAAUCUUAGCGCUUCUUCUCAAAUGAUUACGGCUGCUGUGUUUUUUCCCCAAGUUCUAGUUGAUUUACCCAUUUUUGGUGAAAGGAUGAUUGGUACAGUAUACUACUUUUUCAGUUUUGAAUUGGAAGCUUCUAGAAUCGUUACUGAUACUAGUUUUUUUCUAUAAGCCCUAGAAAUUGAUAGUAAUUAAAGUAACGUUUCGGUGGUUCCAUACAUCACAUUAAUGUCCUAGACGUCUGUGAUCUUAUGCUAUUCCAAAUUUAAAACCCUUCUGAAUCAGACUGACAUUAGUAUGAGGAAAAGGUUCUUUCAUGCUAAGGCCCCUACUGUUCUAUUCAAGAAGCACCUUUUCUUGAUCAUGCGGAUGAUCUAUUAAGAGAGUAAAAAUGUAAUAUAAAUUUGUUAAGGAAAACACGGCCAUGCCACUUGAUGAAUGAAGAAUUUCGGAAUGAAAAUGAAGUACAGUACAUCUUCUCACGAGGAGGGAAAAUGCUCACCCACUGCUCUUGCGCCAGCAGAUAUUAAAUUCUCGAAAAUUUAAGGCCCCUAAGAAUACUUGUCAUAGGCUGAUUUAUUUCAAAGUUUUUUUGCAUGGGAAGGUCUACUGGUGGUUCCUUUGGAUGCAUCUUGAUGAAUUAUAAAUAAUUCAUGUCUAGGAAACACAUAUACUACGGAAGAGGAUCUACAGGUUUGUUGUUUGGAAUGCCUUAAAUGACUCUAUGUAGAGAUAUGAAGUACUCACAGCUCAUACUCUAGACGGCGCUGAAUGUUUGGGUUAUUGUUCUUCAGUACGUGGAAAUACUUAUUUUUAUGUCUUAAUUAGGUUGGGAACAUCUGGCGACACCAUAUUAUAUUGAGGUGAUAUGGUAUUCUGAGGAUUAUUUUGUGAAUUAUUGGAUUAAACUAUCUAUUAUAUCACUCACGAAAGUGGUUACAAUACCUAGUGAAUCAGAGAUACUGUCAUAAUAGGUGACUAUGAUUGCAUGAUAUUUAGCUUAUGUCUGCUCAAAUAAAUGAGCAAUAAUGAGAUACUCCUCUUCCUAGUGCAUAGUCUAGAGUCUCACCUACCAUUUCAAUCCUCCAGUCCCAUUUUUCAAAGACACAUUAUAUAUAUAUAGACGGAGUGCAAAGAUGUAUGCGAAUGUGGUGGCAUGUCUUCGAAUGUGUCCUCUGAUUAUUUGAGUGUCCCUCUGAAAUUUCCAUUCAUGAAUAGAAAUGUUGCCAUCCUGUUGCUACUCUUGUCAUCAUUCUUUCACUGAACUGCUGCUACUCUACGAUCUUUCACUGAACUGUGGCAUAAGUUUGAUGGGUCAUCAUUCUAUACUAUUAUUCUCUCUUCUUCCCGAAUUGACUGGCAUAUUUAUAUGAUUCUCCCACAUUUUUGGGGGGCGGGGAGCAGGCAAAGCGGGCUUACGGGCCGGUGCCCCUCAAGAGGCCCGGGCCCGGUGGCUGUUGCUGCCGGCCAUUAUAGAAAAUCUUCCCCAGUACUACCGCGCCUGCUCCUGGCUUCUACUAAUUAAUUGCUCUUCUUGUGCCAAUGUCGUCUUUCUCCCCGCAAUCAGAGGGCCCCACCAGCAGAGCCGCAUCGCUACAACGCUACCUGGAGAAACGGAAGGACAGGUAAAAAUGGUGGGCGUGGGGGGGUUGACCGGCUGGUUGACCACCGCCGCGCGCUUGGCUGACUUCUCCCUCUUUCCCUGUCGGAAGGUUCAAGUGCAAGAAGCACGCCGGCGGGGGUUCUUCCGGCGUAGAGCUCCUCCUGAGCCAGCGGAUCAGGGACCAGAUUCCGGCCGCCCACCUCUCAUGCGGAGAGAUGUACGCCGCGGCGGCGCCGGCCCCGCGGCCCCCUCCGCCGCCGGCCCGCUGCAGCGCCGCCGGCCACCUCCGCUUCUCCAUCGACCUCAACGACGGCGGUGAGCCCUCUCUCAGUCUCUGUCUGUCUGUCUCUGCUUUUACCUCUCUCUUACCUCUUUUACUUCGUCGCCUCUGCUUUCGAAGAGAAUAUCCAUUCCACCGCCUGCGUUUCAGAUGUCCGAGAAGCUUGAUCCGCCAGCCUUCCCUUCCCUUCCCUCAGAGUUCGCCGGGCGGCGCAAUGUAA